AUGAAUAAGCUAAAUCAUGACGGUUUAUUAACAUUGGAACAACCUUUUGUUAAGGUACCUUUAGAACAACUAAAAAAAACUUUAAGAACUUCUCAAAAAGAUAUUGAAAAGGAAUUAUCCAGAGUAACACAGACUGUUAAUGACUUGGCAGUUAAAUCUACUAAAGAAGGUGUUAAUUUCUUUGAAACAGCGAAUACCAUUGAAAACAUGGUUGGAAGAUUGAAUACUUUAAAACGUAAACUUAAUGACUCAAAAGCUGAAGGAGCAAUAUAUCUAUCUAGAAGUAAACAAAGACUUGCUCAUUUGAACGAAUUGACAAGAAUUACAAAUCCUGGCUCAGAAGAUUACACCAGAUGGAGCAGAGUAAGGUUGGAUAGAAUACUUGUGGACUAUAUGUUGAGAGAGGGUUUUAGUAAAACUGCAGGUCAAUUAGCUAAAGAUGAAUCAAUAGAGCCUUUUGUUGAUAUUGAAUUAUUCACCCAGACACGUCGUGUUGAACAAGCAUUACAACAAUAUAGUUGUACCGAAGCACUUGCUUGGUGUAAUUUAAACAAAACGAACUUGCGUAAAAUGCAGAGCACUCUUGAAUUUAAUCUUCGAUUACAAGAGUUUAUAGAAUUAGUCCGAGCAAAUAAAAAAUCUGAUGCUAUUGCAUAUUCACGCAAGUAUCUCACUGCAUGGUCAGAUAUGCAUAUAAAAGAAAUUCAGCAAGCAAUGUGUUUACUCGCAUUUCCCUCAUCAACUUUUUGUCCACCUUAUAAGGUCUCAGGAUUAUCAGCACUUAAAACUCCCAUGUGUUAUCAAACAGAAAACAGAAACAUAAAUUGUCCUGUGUGCACACCGGAAACAUUAGGUCCUUUAGCACAAAGUCUUCCAUUAAGUCAUCAUGUGAAUUCUACAAUUGUUUGUCGAUUAAGUGGUGAAAUAAUGGAUGAAAAUAAUCCUCCGAUGACUCUUCCAAAUGGAUACGUUUAUUCACUAAAGGCAUUAACGGAGAUGGCUUCUAAAAACAAUGGCAAAAUUACAUGUCCUCGUACGGGAGUUGUUUUCAAUCUAAGUGAAAUAAAGAAAGUUUUUAUCUCAUAA